ACAAAGAAAGGCGGGGUCGAAGUAAGCGGAGGUCUUGGAGGUAAUUUUCUUCUCCUGCCCUUCGCGCUUUUCUCUAAGCAGGCAGUCGUGUUGCGCAGACAGCAGUGAAGCUGCCCUGCUGCUACUGCCAUGUCGGAGCGGGAGGAGCGUCGCUUUGUGGAGAUCCCACGGGAGUCAGUGCGGCUGAUGGCUGAGAGCACUGGUGUGGAGCUGACGGAUGAAGUGGCUUCCCUGCUGGCUGAAGAUGUCUGUUACCGUCUGCGAGAAGCCACUCAGAACAGUUCCCAGUUCAUGAAACACACCAAGCGUCGGAAGUUGACGGUAGAAGACUUCAACCGGGCCCUGCGUUGGAGCAAUGUGGAGGCAGUGUGCGGCUAUGGCUCUCAGGAUGCCCUCCCGUUCCGCGCCAUUAAGGAAGGCGAGCUCUACUGCCCGGAGGAUCGAGAGGUCAACCUGGUGGAGCUGGCCUUGGCCACCAACAUCCCCAAGGGCUGUGCUGAGGCAGCCGUGAGAGUGCAUGUCUCUUAUCUAGAUGGCAAAGGGAACCUGGAGCCACAAGGAUCUGUGCCCAGCGCUGUCUCAGCGCUAACAGAUGACCUGCUGAAAUAUUACCAGCACGUGACUCGGGCUGUGUUAGGGGAUGACCCCCAGCUGAUGAAGAUUGCCCUUCAGGACCUGCAGACCAACUCGAAGAUUGCUGCUCUCCUGCCUUACUUUGUCUACAUCGUGAGCGGAGUGAAGUCAGUGAGCCACGAUCUGGAGCAGCUGAACCGCCUUCUGCACGUGGCCAAGAGCCUCAUCCAGAACCCCUACUUGUGCCUAGGCUCCUACAUCAAGAGCCUCAUUGCCAGUGUCAUGUACUGUGUCCUGGAACCCUUGGCUGCCUCCAUCAACCCCCUCAAUGACCACUGGACCUUGCGUGACUAUGCAGCUAUGCUGCUAGGACACAUCUUCUGGACUCACGGUGACCUGGUGAGUGGCCUGUAUCACCAAAUCCUGCUAUCACUGCAGAAGGUGCUGGCUGACCCUGUCCGCCCACUCUGUUCCCACUAUGGGGCUGUUGUGGGACUACACGCCUUGGGAUGGAAGGCGGUGGAGCGGGUCCUUUACCCCCACCUCUCUGCCUACUGGUCCAACCUGCAGGCUGUGCUAGACGACUACUCGGUGUCCAAUGCUCAGGUGAAGGCUGACGGGCAUAAGGUGUAUGGGGCUAUCCUGGUGGCAGUAGAACGGCUCCUAAAGAUGAAGGCACAGUCUGUUUCAGCACCUGUCCCGGCAGAGCGCUCCGGUGGGGAGGGGCGCAUGCGGGAAAGCUAUCCUUGGCUCAGCCCCCUCCAGGACCCUCAGGUGGAGUUCGGGUUUGGCAUUGCCAGCCACCUGCUACAGCUGGGCAGCGGCGGGCCCCAGGCGGGCAUGGGCAUCUCCACUGACCCUCCCGCCAUCUCCCUGAAUGAGAUUUAUCAGGAGCUGUACUGCUUCUUUGGGGACAGCCUUGCAACCCGUUUUGGCACAGGCUCGGGGCUGUGUCCAGCAGAGCCCAUGCCGGCCAGCACUCCCAAGGUGUCAGACGCUAAGAAAGAGCAGCCGGCCUUUGGGACUGGGGAUGCCGUCCGCAAGAUGCCCCAGCUGACUGCCAAUGCCACCAUAAGCCCCCGGGAAGAGGAGAGCCCGCGGGGGGAGUUCUCAGCCAGUCGCCCUGCCUUGCAGUGCUCUGCCAGCUUAGCCCGGUCGCGCAGCACUUCUCGCCAGCAGGGGUACCGCCUGGGCGUCCGGGACAUCUUCCAGAAGUGCCGCUUUUCCCCCCACGGGGCUCCUUGCUUCAGUUUUGUGAUUGCUGGCCGACAGGUGGAGAGGCGGUGCCGGGGACGCCUCUUCCAGACCUGCUUCCUCCAGUACCACGGCCCCAGCCACGUCUCCCGCUACGCCCAGAAGCUGCCCAUGAUUGGCAGGACCAAGACAACAAAGAAGUGGGCCCACUCGGAGUACUCGCUCUAUCUGCCUCUCUGAAAAGGACUUGCUGCCUUCCAGGGCACCACUGGCGCCUGGCCCCUCUCGGCAGCUGUGAUGUCCUUUUAGGACUGUGUCCUUGCCCAGGGGAAGAACCUGGCAGAGCUGUAACCUCUUGCAUUUUAUUCCUGCUGUUUUGAGAAUCCUGUUUUUUUUUGGCAUUGCUUCUUUAGGGGCCAAGAUUUCAUUUCCAACUUGGUUCAAGGAACCUGUGCCCACAGGAGCUCUUGCGAGAGACUUGGGUCAUCUGCAAAGUGGAAUUCUGUGGUACUCGUGUGCAGCUGCCACCAGCUCUGACCAAGCUCUUUAAAAAAACAAAACAAAAAAACCCUUCUCUUCUUUGUGGUGAUAGAUUCAAACAGGUUCCAACCCUUGCUCUGGGCUCCACAAUUGCUGUAACUCAAUUGCUCCUAACAACACGGCUGCAGAGUCUGCCUUGCAUGAAGCCCCUCUGGACUGUUUAAACCAUGGGUAGGUAACCUUGGGCCUUCCAGCCGUUGCUGGACUCCAACUCCCAUCAGCCCCAGCUAGCAUUGUCAAUGGUCAGAAUGCUGGAAGUUCAAAGUCCAGCAACAGCUUGAGAACCAAAGGUUACCUACCCCUGGUUGAAACUUCCUUUUUAGAGCGAAGAGUACUCUUGCGGUAAUAUUGCCAUCUUCUUUUCUUUGCCUGUACUCCUCAGCUUUGAACAGCAGCCCACUAGGCAGAAGUUUAACAGGAGAACUUGUGGGGGUGUGGAGGUGGGUGUGAGAGAGAGGGGGAGGAGAAAGGGGCAGUGGAAGAACACACAUAUCCACUUGUGUGUCAGGUUGCUGUUUAAAUGCAGAAUAGUGGAGCUGGUUAAAAAUGUGGCAGUCCUAGAACUGGGAAAUGUUUUUUUUCUAUUUAGGGUGAGGCUCUGGCCAGCCCUCACCAACCUGGUGCCCUCAAUAUGUUUUGGACUACAGCUCCCAUCAGCCCAGCCAGGACGGAUUGCUCUAGCCCCUUUCUCUUCCUUCCAAGACCAUGGAGUACCCUCAUGCUGUUUUCCUUCUGGAGUAAGAUACCAUAUUCAUGCAUCCAUCUCCCCACCAAGCAGUCCCUUGUUUUCAUGCUCCUUUUACAAACCAAUUUCUGUGUCCUAGGCUGUGUGUACAGCGUACAUUUAAAGCUUUUUAGUUUUUUUAAAAAAUCUCCCCUCUCUUCCCUGCCCACCCCUAUAAAAUGUUUUUCCUCACUGGCUGAGCAGAGAACUAAUCUGGACCCACAGUCUUGUUUCUAUCACCUGCCCUUUCCAGCCCAGCAGGAUUGUGCAAAAUGUAGGAAGCUGCCCAAAUCAGCCCUUUUGGACCAUUGAUCUCAAUAUUGCAAGAAUAGGGAACCUGUGGCUCUCCAGGUGGCGUUGGAUUACAGCUCCCAGAAUCCCUGGUCUCUGGCCAUGCUGGCUGGAGCUGAUGGGAGCUGGAGUCCAACGGCAUCUGGAGGGCCACAGGUUCACUACCUGAGCCUUUGCUGACCUGGUUCCCUCCAGAUAUUUUGGACUGUAACUCCCAUCAGCCACAGCCACCGCAGCCAUAUGUGAAUGAUGCUGGGGCUGAUAGGAACUGCAGUCCAUAGCCAGUGGAGGGCACCAGGUUGGGAAAGGCUGGUUUACCUUCGCCACUUACAGCUCUCCAGGAUAGCUGCUUGGCCUUCUGCAUGCAAAGCACAUGGAUGCUUUCACCGCAGAGAGGCCAGACAGAGAGAGAGAAAAAGUUUUCAGUUCUCAAUUUAUAUAUUUUAUGGGGUGGGGGUGCUGCGUGGUGGCUGACUCGUGUGCAAAUGGUAAGUUAAUCUGCUGAUCGGGUAAACUGAAGAAAUAUAACAAAGCAUUGCCAAUUAUCCAUUCUCACAGAUGUUGGGGUGUGUUCAAAUAAAUCCUACUCUAAGUAGACCCUUUAAAAUGAAUGAACCUAAGUUAGUCAUGUACAGUAUAUUAACCUCAGUGGGUCUGCUCUGAGGAGGACUAGCACUGAAUAGCACCCAUUUUGCCCUUCUGCCGACUUUGAAAACAAGCAGAGCCUCCAUGGGUCAGAAUAGGGCUCCAUGAGGUUCUGUAUCUUGUAGUACUCCUCUAGAUGUAUUUGGGAAAUCUACAAGCAGGGCCGGAGGGCAACAGUGCCAUUCACCUACCCACUACCCAUGCAUGUAGACUGCAACUGAACAGGGUGAUUCCACUUAAGGUUAAUUGCUGUUGAUAGGCUGAUUUUUCCAUGCCUUUUUGUAUAAUCCCUUUUUAAAGAUGGGUCAUCAUCGCAUUCCUGUGGCGGCGAGUUCCAUAAAUCAAUUAUAUGCUUGUCAAAAAUUCCUAUCUUUUGUCUGUCCUGGAUCUACUCUCCCAUCCGUUUCAGUUCUGUUGCAAAAGGUGGUGGGUGUUUGUGUUUCUUUUUGACCACUUUCUCAACAUCAACCUUUCCAACAUCUCCCUUGUCUUCCUCCCCUCCCCUGCUGCCAUAAAAACUCUAAACUUUGCAGCUUUUCUGUGUAAGUAGGGUACAUCGCUCAUCGUUUUGGCUCUGCUUUUAUGUGCUUUUCCCAGGUCUGUGGUGUCUUGUUGAGCACUCCAUCCAUCGUUUUUAAGGAGAAGGCAGUCACAACUGUUCCUACUAUGGUUUUACCAUAGAUUCAUAUAGAGCCGGGGGGGGGGGUCAGUCCAAAGGCCGCAUUUCUUCAUAAAUAACCUUCUGGAGGCUGCUUGCCAGAUUUGUGGUACUAAAAGGCUAUUUGACAGAUCAUAUCUCCCUACAUGAAUCUGUCCGGGAUUUGAGAUCUUCAGGUGAGGCCCUUCUUGUGCUCCCCACACCUUCGCAAGUACAUAUGACGCGGACACGAGAUAGGGCCUUUUCGGUGGCCGCCCCUAGGUUGUGGAACUCCCUUCCGAGUGAAGUCCGAUGAGCUCCCUCCUUGCCAUCCUUCCGGCGACAAGUAAAGACUGUUUUAUUUCAAUGGGCAUUUGGGAUAGAGAACGACCAGGAUUAAGCGUCAUAGGAUUGGUGACUACAUUAUAUGAUCUUAUUAUUUUAAAUUGUCCACUGUUUUUAACGUAUGUUUUAUGGUUUUAAUUUUUCUCAUAGUUUAAUUCUAUACUUUUGUAUGUUUUAAUGGUGUUGUUUUUUAGUU